AUCUCGGAAUUGCUUAGUGCCUAGGUUUCUUAGCGCCCAGGUUGUCUCUCUCCUCCCUCCGCUUAAAAUAGUCGUACACGCGGGUAAACGAAUUCACAUGGGAGAAAAUAGUCAAACUUAGAUGAAAAGUACAACUCAACGAAGCACCUCGCCAGCUGCGCCACUAUCACUACGUAUAAAUAGGUAGAUUUUGUUCGAUCGUUUUAUCUUCCCGCAUGUAUGUAUAAUCUAGCUGACAUUUUGCGCACGUAAUUGCUGAUCCACGCUGAAGCUGUGCUCCUUAAUUUUGGACACGAAUAUGAGUUUCCAGAAAGUCUACGAGUCACUGCAAGAUCUUUUUCCGCUGAUUGAUGAUCGAGCUCUUAGAGCUGUUGCUAUCGAGCACAGCAAGGAUGUAGAUGCGGCUGUUGUAGCAGUUCUUGAAGAGAUAAUUCCUUUCUUCACUGUAAGAUCUACACCAAAUAGUCCUUUGGGUCGGAGUGUUUGUGAAGGUGAAUCGUCGAAAGGUAGCUCGUCUGUGAGAACAGAGGUUGUACCUCAAGAAGAGAAUGAUCAUAGGUUUGUUAGUGGAAACAGCCAACCUUCCACUUCCGCUGAUGAUGGGCUAAGUGAGCCCUUCCGUGAUGCCAUUGCAGGGCAUUCUGAAUCAGAGGACGAUACCGCUCAAUUAACGUUAUCAGUGGAAACCCACGACGAUGGUAUAAAAAUGAAUGCUGACAUUCACUCUCAAAGUGAAUCUCUGGUGGUGAUAGGCGAAGAUAGAGUGGGAACUUGUCAAAUUGAAGUUUCGGGAGGCCCUCAAACAGAGAGCACAGUUUCCGCUGAUAAAUACCUAGAAAACAGCAGUGAAACUUCUUGUGGUAGUAGUUCUCAGAUUACAGUGGGAAUGUCACAAGAUGUUGAAAUGGAUGUCGUUCAGAAGAUGGAUUGCAUUCCUGAAAAUGAAAAUGAUGCUGAUGGGACUGCUCAUGAUUUAUCUGCUAGUUCUUCAUGGGUGGAAGCACCUGACAUGCUUGGGAGUAAUUUAGAUAAAUCAAAUUUAUCUUUUUCUACUGACAUUACUUCCAGUGGGAAAAACAUGAGCGAUACUAUUGGUAUUGAAGAGGAGUCAACCUUGAAUGCUUCCGUGUCUAGUCAAAUUGGUAACAUGGAUGUCUUGGAGGAAAUUAUUGCAGAUGCGAGAAAUAAUAAGAAAACAUUGUUCCUGGAAAUGGAGUCUGUCAUCAACUUGAUGAAGCAAGUGGAGGUCAAGGAGCAAGAUGCAGAACAAGCCAAAAUUGAAGCUGCGAGAGGGGGUAUGGAUUUGCUGAAUCAGGUUGAGGAGCUUAAAAGAAUGCUGCAACAUGCAAAAGAGGCAAAUGACAUGCAUGCAGGGGAAGUGUAUGGUGAGAAAGCCAUCCUGGCAACAGAGUUGAGAGAGCUCCAGUCUCGCUUGCACUUCCUGUCGGAUGACAGGGAUAAAUCACUUGCAGAUCUUGAUGAAAUGCGUCAAUGUUUAGAGGUCAGACUAGCUGCUGCUGUGAAUGAAAUAAAAUCUGCAGAGCUGAAAAAGCUAGAGAAGGAAGAAGUUGCAAGGAAAUUCCUUGUAGAACAGGAAUUAAUUAUGGAACAAGUGGUGCAAGAAUCAAAGAUCCUGAGACUACAGGCAGAAGAUAAUUGUAAGUUGCACGAGUUUCUUGUGGAUCGUGGACGAGUUGUAGAUACAUUGCAGGGGGAAAUAGCUGUUAUAUGUCAGGAUGUGAAGCAUCUAAAGGAGAAAUUUGAUCAGCAUCUUCCGCUUGGCAAAUCACUUUUCUCCAAUCAGACGAGCUUCCUCUUAGCUUCUUCAACCUCAUCAUUGAAAAGCUUGGUUCCGGAUCAAGUGGAGACUGUUACAGUCAGAGAUGAUGAACGGUUGGAGACUGAAAAUAACAGAAACCAUGAAAAGGUCCCUGAAGAAGAUGAAGCAGCCAGAGAAGACUGCAAUGCGCCUGAAAAUAACAGUGACCAUGAAAAGGUCCCUGAAGUUGAAGCAGCCAGGGAAGACAGCAAGGUGCUCAUAGAAGAUGAUGGAUGGGAGUUUUUUGACAGCAGCGAAGCAAACUCAUGAGCGAAAUAUUCCAAGUUGAACAGAGAGAAAAUAACGUGCAUUCUCUCCAUCUUAUUUGAAAUCUAUCUAGCUAUCUGGAUAUUAUCAGCCUACAUGAGUUUCUAGAAGCACAGAAAUGUAGAUUCUGUUUUUUUGCAGUUUAAAGUAUUAUUUCAGCUA